GCGGGAACGUCGGUGACGUCAUGAGGUUUGUAGGAAAUAACGUGCUGGCCGCCAUAGUUUGACGUGUUGGUCGCAAAAUGAUGAAAAAUAGAGUGGGCAGCCGAGGCCGUGGCUUCGGUAAAGUGUCCAAGAAGAUGGCAGAGAUGUCAAUAAUAAAGAUCACCUGUGGCAGUGUGAAGGGCCGUCUACACAAAAACAAGUUCUACUGUCCGGGUAUUCACAGAGAGUGUAUUGAAUUCCAAGGGCGCUUCAUUACACCAAAGGUCUUUUCUGUGAUGGGGGACAAAGAAAAACUCAAAGACUGGAAAAAUGCAAUCCGAAUCAAUGGCAUCCAAGUCAGGAAAUACAUUGAAUCUUCCACCCUGGAUUUCUAUCGCCAUGAUGAAUUUUGCACUGGUAGAUGCAUAGCCAGAUCACCUGUUAACAGAAAUAAUGUAAUUUCACCACCAACUCUGGUUCCUAAAGUGGAGUUUGUGAGCAGCAUAAAUGAACACACAUACUGCCAUCUGCCAGAUGACAGCGAGUCGCGGUUGCCCAACAUUCCGACGAUUGAGAUGAAAGGUAUUCCGGAACCAGUGGAUGUUAAACCUAAUGUGGCGCUCUUGCAGUCUUUGUUGGAGAAACCUAUUGCAUCAUCAGCAGAAGUGCUGCCACCAGAUGUUGCUGCAGCCUUCUCCAAGGCUAAGGAAGUAGAUAUUGAGCCCCUGGAAGUCGAUGCUGAGACAGCAGAGGAGGACCGCCAGUUUUGGAUCGGAAUCAUGGAACUCGGACUCCUUGAACACUUCUUCCGAGAAAUCAAAAUAACUCUGGAUAUCUUCAAGUCUGACCUAGUCACACACCAAGUCCGGGCCAGUGAUGCUGUUCGUGUGAGUAAUAUUGUGCGUACCCUGGGCCUGAUGAGAAAGCUGAAAGAGAGGCUGUCGGCAUUCAAGUCUGAUAUGGACCAGCAGCAGGCCAAGAUUGACAAAGAAAUGGAAGCACUGAAACAGAAGGUGACACAGUUUGAGCUGAGGAAGCAGGCCCUGAAACGAAAGUCUGAGAAGUUUGAGUACCUCAUGGACAUGAGUGCCAACAAGAAAGCUUUCAUCAUUGAGAAGAACCCAGACUCCGAUGACGAGGAUGACGAUAGCUAUGGUUCCAAGGAGGUGGUUGACGUCUGCUUUGAGAAUGAGGAUGAUGAUGAGGAUGACGAUGAGGAUACUAUGGAUGCUCCUGGACUUGAUGAGGAGGUAGAGCGGGAAGAGUCUCAGGAGAGAUUUGUCACUGUGCCUACAACUGCUGUGACCCCUACACAAAGCACCAGCACCAGCAGCUCGUCUUCACGUCCCAUGUUACCUCUGUGUUCUGCCAAAAUAACCACCCUCCCACCGGACAGUAGCAACAGCUUUGUUAUUAAGAACAACUCCCUGACCCCUAUUACAGUGUCCCAUGUGCCAUCAGCUACUGUGUCUCAUCUCCCCCCAUCAUCAGGAACUCUGUCUAAUCUCCCUCCUCCGUCAGCAACUGUGUCAGUGCCACCAAAGACUACAGACCCUGUGAAGAAGCCGACAAUAAUACGUCAGGUCUUGAUGGACACAUGUAGUGAUGGUGAGGCACUCGAGAAACUGAAAGAAGCAGCUGUGAUGAAACUCAAAGAAUCCAUGGCAACCAAGCUACCUGAACGCCCUAAGGUACAAGCCACUGGUAAUAAUAAGCCUGAGAACACUAUCAUGGUGGCUGCCCCCAAACCUGGACCAGUGAAGGAAAAAAUAAAGAUCAUUGCUCGUUGUAAGAUAAUGCCAGAGGCUAGUGAUGAAACGGGCAGGGCGAUGAAAGUUACGCCAGAGACUGUUUGCACAGCCAUUUCCCCAACCUGUGUAACGUAUAACCCCAGUACAAACACUCUCUCGACAACUGAUAGGAUGGAGCAAGGUGGUGAUGAUACUGUCACAAUUGAAUCCCAACAGAAUCCCAUUCAAGGAUCAACCAAUGGGAAAACUAAGAAUAUCACUUCAUCUGCAGUUACUAAGGACCUAAAUAUCGUUGUGCAGCCGAUUGAAAUCAGGAAAAGGAAACCAGGUCCAAAGUCAAAGACUCAAUUCUUCAACGUUAGUUUGGCAGAUUUGCAAGAUGCUUCACUUUCAAAUGUUGAAGGUGACCCAAAUAAAGUGACAUUUGAAAGUGGUUGUCAGACACCAAUUGAUGGGGUUCGGGAAAAUCCUCCACAAUUGGAAGAAAAAGAGGAAAAGGAAAAAUCACACCUGCCAGGAAAACCAGUAGUUAAUGCCCGUCGCUCAAAUCGCAAAACGUCCCAUAUGUUUGCAUGGGGUGUGAAGAGUGGCAGCGAAGUAGUGGACACUGAGGCUGAACCAGCAGGAAAGACAGAUUCUGAGUCAGACUGUCCCGACAAGCUAUACACAAUCGAGAGAUCACAACCUUCAGAUAUGCCUGAAAUUAGACAGAAGUUUAUUUGGGACAUAGAAUAGAUGUGUAUGUACAGCAUGGCUGCUGGCUACCUUUCUGAACAUGCUACAGUGUGUGCAUUUGUUGAUCAAAUGUGACAUGAUGAAGGUCGUUAUGCCAAACCAAGUCCGUGGCUGUCACACAGUUUGAGAUAACUGUGGAAGGAACUGUCAUGUGGAGGCAACAUGCCCCUCGAUGAACUAAUAGUGUGUGAGUGAGUGAGUUUUAACGCCGCUUUCAGCCAUGUUCCAGCAAUAUCACGGCGGGGGACACCAGAAAUGGGCUUCACACAUUGUAUCCACGUGGGGAAUCGAACCCGGGUCUUUGGUGUGACGAGCAAAUGCUUUAACCACCAGGCUACCCCCAUUGCCCCUCGAUAAGCUAAUGCCAGAGGUGGACCCAGGAUCAUGAAAACGAGGUGGUGUAAAUUAUUUCCAUGUCGCCAAGUGAACAGAAACACGUGAUAGUUGAUGUGUGGUGUCUCAAACAAGGGUGUGUGGCCCCAUACAUCCCCCUUUGGAUCACAUUCGCAGCAUUGAAGAUGGCAAUGAAUGUCUGCUGUGGAUAUCUAUUGUAGUUGUCUUUUGUUAUGGUUUAGCUGUCGAUGAUGCUGAAGUGAAUAAUUUGGAUGCCUGAGUUUGUAGAUAGUGUGGCAUAUUUAUUAUACUGUUUACCAGUUGUAUUAUGCAAUCAUUCGGAACUGUUAAGCAAGCAUCUGACAUGUCAAGUCUGUUAAAAUGACAAAAGUUUUGGUUGAAUUUAAGACCUAUCAUAAAUUUUACAUUUUGAAAUAUUUAAGAAUAUGUGCAUACUUUCUUUCAAAAUGUCCAUAGGCAAUUGAUCAGAUGUUUUCUUUUGAGAAUAUGUUAAGUUUUUUAUAUUGUUAGACGUAACUAAAUUAUGGAAUAUCCUUAUUCUCAAGUAAAGGCUUAACAGUGAGAUAGUGGAUUUAUUUAUGAUAUACUUCAGUAUGAAAGUUGAAAAAGUGAUAUUUCACUGCAGUGAACACUAACAGAAUUAUCGUGUCCAGCCCGUACACAAACUGUUGGCUUCAUAUACAUGACAAAGUAAUGACAGUUGGUCAAUUAUGGAGUUAAUAUCGCUCUUGCAGUUUGUUAUUCUCUUGAAAAUGUUACAUUAUGAACUGAAAAUUUAUCAUUUUACUCGUCAUUUGAGACUGUUUCAUGAAGCGCCAUUUCUGUUACUUGACCAGCGUGUAUUCUUCUGCUUCGAUAUACGUCUGUAGAUUUCAAGAAUAUUCUUUGUUGGGGUUGAUUUUGUAUACUAUAUGCAAAUAUGAUAAAGAAUUGAUAUUUUUGGUUACUUUUGUUUAUAUUUUUUUAAGAUUUUGCAAACACGGAACUACUUCUUGUCGUAAUUACAAGGGCUGGUGAAAUGUCCCUUUUAGGUAGGGAAAAUUUACACUUCAAAGUUUUACAUUUGCAAUGAAAUAAUUUCAUUUUUCAUUAGACAACUAUGAGUACACAAAAAGUAUAUUAUAGAUAGGAUAUUCCAUAUGUCUCGUGUAUAUCCUCUACAUGUGUAUUUAUUAAGCUGUCAAAUUUGUUUCAAUCUUGUAUUUUCAUAGUUAAUUUUGACAAUGCAAUGCCAAUGUUAAGUUGAUUUUUCUCCUUCACCAGAUUAAUUUAUGCUAAGUGCCAAUUAGUGCAAUGAGCAUGGAAAAAACUUCAGCUUUGACUCACAUGAACGCAAAGAAUCUUGAGUGACCAUGGCAUUGCAGUAACCAUCUUUACAGAGGGCUGUUUAUUUUUGUUGAGAAACCAUAAAAUGUUUUUUGUUUUUAGGUGAUCUAACUGAUUACAUUUUCAUACCAUGUUUUCUGGAUAAGAACGUUAUCAUUACUUGCAACAAAGAAGGUUAGAAGUAGCCCUGAAAUGUAACAAGUAAUGGGGAGUUGUUAUCCAGAAAACACUGCAUGAAAAUGUAAUAAGUUAGAUCGCCUUAUCACUAAUAAUAAGUUGUUGUCUUUAUAAGUUCAUGUCUUCAUGUUCUUCCAAAUUCUAAAUGCUAAAGACUUCAUAAUUUUUGCUUUGAGAAGAUGACAUGUUGUGAGUUCUGUGGACAUGGUGGAGUUGGCUGAAUAUGCAGCAUGUGCCACCGCCAUUACUUGUGUCUCCACUUCAUGCAUACCUAGUGCUGUGUCAGUCUAAUGUUCAUCAUCAGUCAUGCGGGACAUACUGGAGUAUUUGUACAUGUAGUGUAGACUGCUGGUGUGUACAGGAAUUGCCUUGUAACACAUAAAGCUAAUCUUUGGCAUGUGAAAUGUUUGUACAUUUUGGAGACAUUGUAAACAAAGAUGCUUUUAUUCUGUCCCUGUUUUGUAAUAACUUCAUUUACCGAUGUUCCUUCCAACAAAUUUAGAAAUAAUAUAUUUAUUGACCUGAAAUGAAGAAUUGUCAGCCACAUGAUAUGAAUGUGAUAAAGAAAAUGGGAAAAUGUGUUGAAAUGAUGAGUGAAGUAAGAGUGAAGUUAUUUUUCUGUUUUGAUGUACUUGUGAGCUUUUGCACUUAAUCAGUUAACAGACCAUAACAGAAUAUAAGGGGUACAUUCUCACCCUUUCUGUCUAUUCCUCUUUUUAAUGCCUUCAGCUAUUCGGGCAUUGUAUGCCCAACUGUCCAUUUUUUCAUGUUCUUUGUGAUAAAUGCAAGGCACAUAUAUAUGAUUUUUGUGUGAGUCAGUAAUUAUUUUCUGUAUCACCAGAGCUGAACUCUAAUCACAGAUUGGUAGUAUGGUCUAGGCAGUGAAAUUGACCGAGAGAGGAUUUUGAUAUUUUGGAACCCUCCCUUUUAGAAAUGAUGGAUCCGCUCUUGACAUGUAGACACUUCGUAGCUGUGUGCGAGGGAGUACAUCUGAAGGAACACUCACCUCUGAACAUGCUGAAUAGUCUGUGAGAAAAAAUAUACUUGUUCUGGAAAUGUGUGUAUUACUUGGGAGCAUAUAGUACUGGGUAAAUGCAAAAUACAAUAACCUAGUACACUUGUAGAGCCUAAUAUUCUUGCUGCUAAGAUGAUUAAUAAUGUAUAUGGAUAGAAAUAUACUUUUCCUAGUUUGUAGACUGCCCUUGAUGUACGGAUGUCACAGAAUAGGUUUUGUGUGUCUGGGGUGAGAACAGGAUAUGUAUGUUACUCCCAGAAACUCAGGGUGAUCCAUGAGCCAUGAUACUAAGCCUAGACCAAGCAUACUCAACUAAUUCAUUCACAAACUGCAUUUCUUUGCCAUGUUUUCCAUGCCUUGCAUACACAUUUUUCAAACUGCCCAAGUGUGUUCUGUUAGUAUUCUACAGUAUGUUGAAUGUAUACUUCUGUAAAUAAAGAUUUCAUAAGAA